GCUGAAGUCCUGUACUUCCCUCCUAAGAUACUGACCAGCGUCGGUUCUAACGUUUCCUUUCAUUGCAUCUAUAAAAACAAAACCGACAUUGUACUGUCCAAGAAGGUUGUUUGGUGGCUGAAUUUAGCAGAAGAAAUCCCAGCAAGUCAGUAUACGCUUGUGAACGAUCGCGUAAGCAAAGUUACUCUUUUCAACUUGAAAGCAACAAAACCUAGAGGAAGUUUCUUCUAUAACGCAUUGUACUGUUGUCAUCAAAAUAGGGAGUGUCAUCAUAGAUACGCUGAAUUAUAUGUAGUAGAUGUGAAUAUUAAUAUCACAUGUGAAACGGAUGGGUACUUAACUAAAAUGACUUGCAGAUGGUCUGCAAACCCAAACACAUUGCUUCUGGCGAGCUCCUUGCAGUUAAGAUACCACAGGAGCAGAAUUUAUUGUUCUGACUUUCCAAGUACUUCUCCAAAAUCAGAGGUGAAAGAAUGCCAUUUACAGAAGAAUAAUUCUUAUGAGUGCACAUUUCAGCCUAUUUUUCUUUUAUCUGGAUAUACCAUGUGGAUAGAGUUUAAGCACUUACUAGGAACGCUUGAAUCCUCACCAACUUGUGUCGUUCCAGCAGAUGUGGUGAAGCCGCUUCCUCCCUCCGAUGUUAAAGCAGAAAUCACCAGGAAUGUUGGGCUGCUGAACGUGAGCUGGACAAACCCCAUAUUUAUGAACAAUGACCUUAGAUUUCAGAUUCGGUAUGCUGUGAACAGGGAGGAAAUCCCAUGGGAGCUUUAUGAAGUUUCAAAUGCCCCAAGAUCAGCUGUGAUAAAAGUUCAGAAACUUUGUGUUGAGUAUGUGGUUCAGGUCCGGUGCAGAGAACUGGAUGGAUCUGGUUACUGGAGCAACUGGAGCAGACCAGCCUAUACGCUGGUGAAGGAUGUCAGAGCUCCCUUACAAGGCCCUGAAUUCUGGAGAAUUAUCACUGAAGAUCCAGCAAGGAGGCAGAAAAAUGUUACGCUCCUGUGGAAGCCGCUGAUGAAGAAUCACUCAUUGUGCAGCGUGAGCCGAUACGUUAUAAAGCAUCAGACAUCAGGAAACACCACGUGGGCAGAAUAUGUUGAUAAUGGCACUGCCUGUUCAUUUCCAUGGACCGAGCACACACACACCGUUACCAUCUUAGCCAUGAAUUCAAUUGGAGUUUCUUCAGUUAAUUUUAAUUUAACUCUAUCAGAGCAAAUGAGCACAGUGAACGCUGUGCAGUCGCUCGGCGCUUACCCAGUGAACAGCUCUUGUGUGAUUUUGAUGUGGACACUUUCACCUCAAAUAUACACGAUAACAUCUUUUGUGAUUGAAUGGAUGAACCUCAACAGAGAAGAGGAGAUGAAAUGGGUGCAAGUUCCUCCAAAUAUUACUAAAUAUUAUAUUUACGAUCACUUUAUUCUGAUUGAGAAGUACCGGUUCAGCCUCUACCCCGUGUUUGCUGGAGGAGUUGGCAAAUCCAGAGCAACGGAUCAAUUUACCAAAGCUGGAUAUGAAAAUGAGACUAAUUCCAGCCUCUAUGUGGUUCUGCCAAUAGUUAUUUCAACCUCAGUUUUAUUGCUUGGAGCGUUGCUGGUUUCACACCAAAGAAUGAAGAAACUCUUUUGGGAAGAUGUUCCAAACCCCAAGAAUUGCUCCUGGGCACAAGAUGUUAAUUUUCAGAAGGUGUGUAUUUCCCUGGUGAUGCUUCUUCCCCCACCCCGGGGGGCCUCUGAAGUGUGUGACACAGCCGUUGUCUCAGCUGUAGAAAGUUAAAAUGGAGAAAUGGGCCAGGACCAGAGACCAACAGCUCUUUGA